AGAAGACCAGGAAGGAAGUCCUUCAGUUUCACGUAAAAGAAGUAAAGACAGAAGGAAAAGAAUUCCUCCAACAUCUCGCGAGAGAAUUGAGGAAGACAAAGAAGGGCGUCUUUCAAUUUCACGUAAAAGAAGUACAGAUGUAAGGGAAAGAGGUCCUGCAUUUUCUCGCAAAAGAAGUACAGAUUUGAGACGGUCUUACGAAGAAGAGCGAAGUCCAAAAAGAGGCGGUAAGAAAAUGUCAUCUUCUACGGUGGAUAUAGAGGACUACUCACCAAAUGAAAGCCCUGUGUCAAGCGAACGGAAUCUAUCUCGCAAAAAAAGUAAAAGUAAAGAUAAGACACCGACAAGUAAGGGUAUUUCAGAGGAAGAUCUCUUCGGAGAGGCAGGAAGACACAGAAGGGAAAGACGAAAGAGGGAUGACGACGACAUGACUGAAGGAGCUGGGCAGACUUCCGAUGCUAAGUUCAGAAGAGACAAGACGAGGACAUCUCCGGAACAAAGACUUUCAAAACUUGGAUUGGAGAAACGAGAAAAAAGGGGAAGUCUAGGGGUUAGUGAAAUUAACACCAUUUUUAAAAUAUUUUUUCAUCAUUCGUUUAUUAUCGGGAUUAUCAGUGAUGCAUACAGGUCUCUUAAAAAAUAGAACACACACGGUUGAUCCAUUAAAAUCAAAUGAUGUCCUCCGAGGGGACAUAAGUUUAGCUCAACACAACUAUUUCAAAUAAUUUCCAAAACAAGAGAUUUUUGUGGGUGAACUGUUUGACUUUUGCAAUUCCAAAUAAUUUUUUUGGUUUUAAUUUUCACCACUACUCACUUUUAAAGUGCUACUUACCUAAUAAUUAUUUUGCUGAGAACCUAUUUUCGUCGUUUCAUUUUUCCGUUUCAUCACAUUUUAAAAAUAUUCAUUUUUAAUUUAAUAAGGUGGACUUAAAGAAACGGAGAAAGACAUGUCGGGUCAAAGGCACGCUAAUCCCCCCCCCUUUUUUCGUAAUAAUUUAGUCAGCGGAAAUGACUACGACCACCUUAAUCAUCGCAUAUGCUAGUUAACGUAAUCGGGCCCCUGAAGAAAAGAGCCCGUUACAGACCGAUUGUGAUGUCAUGAAGCCUCCUCAGCCCGUGUCCAAGAUGAUCCAAUACGAAACCACUCUUUAGUCCAAAUCGGUUGUCCUUUGAAAAUAAGAAGCUCUGGUUAUGCAGGCCAUCUUGCACUUUUGAUGAUUUACACUUGCCAAGAGACUAAUGGGGAAAGCUUACUGUUGCAUUUGGUAGCUUCAAUAAACAUUCUCUCUUUUAGUUGUAUUCCAUUGGGAGGUAAAUACUCUUAACCAAUUCUAUCAAUUCAGUUAUGAAAGUAUUUAAAAAAGAAAAAUAACAAUAAUUAAAGAUACAUGUUUAUUUGUUUGUUCCACAGAGCUCCAUCGCUGCAUCUACAUCAAGGGAGGGCAGGUUCCCAAGCAUAUUUAGUGACGUAUGUUCAAUUUUAGCAAUAGCACAUCCAUAUCACGAAUAAAUUAUGGAACGGGGGUGGGAAAAAGCUAGAGUCAUAAUUAUUAGAACAUUGAGCAAGUGUCAUAGCAAGUGGAGAUUGAGCAAAUGUCAUAGCAAGUGGAACAUUGCGCAAGCGUCAUAGUAAGUGGAACAGUGAGCAAGUGUCAUAGUAAGUGGAACAGUGAGCAAGUGUCAUAGUAAGUGGAACAUUGAGCAAGUGUCAUAGUAAGUGGAACAGUGAGCAAAUGUCAUAGUAAGUGGAACAUUGAGCAAGUGUCAUAGUAAGUGGAACAUUGAGCAAGUGUCAUAGUAAGUGGAACAGUGAGCAAGUGUCAUAGUAAGUGGAACAGUGAGCAAGUGUCAUAGUAAGUGGAACAUUGAGCAAGUGUCAUAGUAAGUGGAACAGUGAGCAAGUGUCAUAGUAAGUGGAACAUUGAGCAAGUGUCAUAGUAAGUGGAAAAGUGAGCAAGUGUCAUAGUAAGUGGAACAUUGAGCAAGUGUCAUAGUAAGUGGAAAAGUGAGCAAGUGUCAUAGUAAGUGUAACAUUGAGCAAGUGUCAUAGUAAGUGGAACAUUGAGCACGUGUCACAGUAAUUGGAACAUUGACAAUUUUCUUCAUUUUACCUAAACUAUAGAUUAUAACCUACCCUACUUCAGCAACUGCCUCCCACUCCCAUUUUCGUUGAAGCCCUUAGUACCAUCAAUCUUACAAUUUCUGACCAUCAGUAUCCUAUGUGACAAUUAAAUGAAAGAAAAAAAAAUAUUGCAGAAAGCUCUUUAAAAAUAUAGUUUUAAAAAAAAUAUUUCAAUUUCACUAUUUAUUUAUUAAACCGUAUGAAGAAAAUUUGAAGGAAUAAUUAGUUCAACUGAAAACAAAGUAAUCAAAUGAAAGAUUAAUAAAUUAAUGAGUUGAAAGAUUAAAAAAAGUAAUUAAUUCAGAGAUUGUAAAGUAAUUAAUUCAAAGAUUAACAAAGUAAUACAUUGAAUGAUUAAUAAAGUAGCCAAUGAAAGUCUUAAUAAGUAAUCGUUUGAAUGAUUAAUAAAGUAGCCAAUCAAAGUCUUAAUAAGUAAUCGUUUGAAUGAUUAAUAAAGUAGCCAAUCAAAGUCUUAAUAAGUAAUCGUUUGAAUGAUUAAUAAAGUAAUUAAAUGAAAUAUAAAUAAAGCAAUCAACUUAAAGAUUAAUAAAACAAUUCAGAAAUUAAUAAAUUAAUGAAUUGAAAUAUUAAUAAAGUAAUCAGUUGAAUGGUUAAUGAAGUAAUAAGUCAAAGAAUACUAAGGUAAUCAAUUGUCCACUGUCCCCAUAGGUAAUUUUUACCCUAAUUAUGAAAGUGAGUUCGUUCCCUUACAUGAGUGACGAUUAUCAAAUUCUAAACCUCUUUAUAUAAUAACAUGAAGCCUCACUCGUGAAGCCUCUAACCAACAUCUAGCCUCAAGGCUUUACAAUUGACUUCAAUUAACGAAGAAUAUUCUUCAUUAACCCCCCCCCCCCUUUUCCCUUUUUUUUCCUAAACAGGAACGUUAACUUUUAAACCUUUUUAAAUGUAUAAUUAUAAAUGUGCAUCAACAACUUAUAAGUCAUUUGUUUCUUUUGUUGUUUUGUUUUGUUUUCUUUCUUCAGAUUUCAGCCAAGACCAGGGCUCGAUACAGCGACGUUACCCUCCCCAAU